GUGUAAAUACAAGAAAAUUGAUAAUAGUGUCGUCGUAGUGGUGUGAAAAGCUAGUUUUUCUUAACGAAAAAACAUAUACACAUUUUGAAGCUACGGACAUUAGAUCAUCUUAAGUAGAUUUUUUAUUAAGUUCACUUAAAAAAAUGACGGAACCCGACACGUUACUGCACGUCGCUAACUUCAGCACGCUGUUUGCGUGCAUGGUGCUAAAGUUCCCGCAGAUCUUCGUGCUGAUGCGAGCCAAACGGACCACAGGGGUCAGCCUCAACAGCCUCCUCCUGGAGCUGAUCGGGUUCAUUGUUUUUGUAACGUACCAGAUGUACUACGAUUACCCACCUCCAACGUACCUGGAGUACCCCAUCCUCAUCGCUCAAGAUGUCAUUCUCCUGCUCCUGAUUCUUCACUACAACGGCAGCCUGCGGCAGAGUCUCAUCUACGCCGCUCUGUUGUUUGGARGCUGGAGGCUGCUCACCGUGGAGAGGUGGAUCAUUGAUCUGGCUAUGAGCCUGUGCACGUUCAUCAGCGCCGCCAGUAAGUUUGCACAGCUGCAGUGUCUCUGGAGCUCUAAAGACGCCGGACAGGUGAGCGCCCUCUCCUGGGCCCUGGCCUCCUACACCUGUACAGCUCGGAUUUACACCACCAUGGUGACAACUGGAGACAUGCAGGUUCUGGUGCGGUUCGUCGYGAUGACGCUGCUGAACCUGUGGGUUCUGCUCACGGUCAUCUACUACCAGCGACGGAACGCCGGCAGCUCCAAGAAAGACGACUAACGCAGACAGGAAGUAACUGAACGGACCGACGGCGGUUCCGACACAAAACACUUUAACAUUCCGGUUGUUUCAAUCCGACCAAAGAUUCCUUUUGGUAUUUUAUAGAUUUGUUUUUUUUUUCAAACGAGCCAAGAAUAUCCCAGAUCUUCCCACUCAGGAUGACAAAAAAAAAAUCUGUAUUUGUAUUCCAUUUUAUACUCGAGCAAAUUUUAAAAUCUUGAAUAAACCAAGUGUUUUACCAUU